GCUUUACAGUUUUCUAACGAUCUCGGAAUCCGGACACAUACCCAGUUGGGCCUUGUAAUCUAUGUCUGAUCAUCGCAAGAGUUUACUGUCUGCUUUAUAUUCGGUGGAUCCCUCGUCGUUCAACAGUUUUUUAUUCGAAAUUGUCAGAUGGCAUGCUUUACGGUAUUGCAAUGCCCAAGUUAAUAAACCGAUCGAUUGUGAUCUGCGCAACACAUCGGAGCCCGGCGAAUCAGAAUUUUCCCAGCUGAAACACUGUUUGUUUUCGGUAUUUGAGGCUUUUAUCGCUGGUGCUACUUUUCCUUCUCCCGAAGUCCUGUCUGAUUUGGAAAAGCGCCUUAAUCCCCUCGUUCCUGGGGGCCACACGAUUUGUGGACACAUACUCCAGCAGAAUGAACCAGUUUAUUCCUGCAGCGACUGUGCCGUGGAUCCCACAUGCGUGUUGUGCCGAUCAUGUUUUUUCAAAAGCGUCCACUUAAAACACAGCUACAAGAUGCACACGUCCAUGGGAGGUGGCUAUUGUGAUUGUGGAGAUGUGGAGGCAUGGCGUUCUGGGGCUUGUUGCACUGAUCAUCUUCCAGCGAAAGUCGAAGGGGACAUUGGCCCCUAUGUUGGCGCGGAAAGGUUCGCGGAUCCAGAAAAUGCUGUUGAGUUGGAUCUUGAGUCUGAAUUCCAUUCUAUACGGGGACAUCUCCAAAGUCUCCCAAAGGAUGUCCUUCUUCGUACCAGUUGCCUUUUAGAACCCCUUCUAAGGAGCACAAUUGUUUGCCUUUGCGACCUGCUCCAGGCUACCCGGCCGUUUACGACGAAACCCGUGAGCGAUAAAAAUCAGAACUUAGAUUGUCUCGAGCUGGUCGGUUCAUCUACUUCUGUUCGGGAUCUCCUGCUAGAUUUCAACGGAACCAUCGAGACCACAGAUAAAAAGGCUGCACCACAGUUAGCGGAUGAUCUGUGGCCAUAUGACGACAAUGUUGUGAACGAAUCGGCCGAUAUUCCGAGCGUUGUGGAAGAUUGGCCACCGCCUAUCUCACAUAUUCCCUUGGUUUCCCCUUCACUUGAUGCCAGUCAGCUAGGUGAGGAUUCUUGGCCCCGAACUGCUCCGAAGAGUCGAACGGCAUUCGAUGUAGAGCAGCGCGCACUUGCUCAGCUCGCUAGGGCUCGCCGGUUGCACCCACGAUUGUUUCCUCCCCGACCUACUCGUACGGCUUCUGAACGCACGGCUGCGUCUCAUUCCUUUGUGGUUGUGCUUCAUAACAAUGAGUACCACAACUACGAGCAAGUGAUUAAAACGCUUCGUCGAGUUCUGAGCUGCACAACUCAACAAGCAACUCAUCACGCUGUUGUUGUCAACCGAGAUGGUCGCAGCGUUUUACAAACGAAUCUAGGAUGUAGCCAAGCAGCCAAAAUUGCAGCAUCUCUAAUGCGAACUUCAACGAGUCUUUCCACUCGUCCCCUUCAUGCCUCCUGUGAGCACGCAGACAUAUAUAGCAUGUCUGUCUUCUUUACUUUGGUGCUUCGAUGGAUCACUCACCUGAGCAAUGAGGUACCCAGUCUACGUCCUGUCAUCUGCCAUGCUUUAUUGGGCUUCUUCGCUCCCCCCACUCCCAUACACUCGGCUGAAACUACCUGUGAACUUUUGCCUGUCCUUACUCACGGCGAAGCGGUUCGGCCUCACUCUUGGUUAGACGCUAUGAUGGAAAGACACUGUUUGACUUGGCGAGCCGUUCGAUCCGAAGCGCUACAUGUGGUAAUGAGCGUCCUUCUCCGGGAGUCAUUCUAUCGUCGGGUCUUUGCCAUCCAUUUCACCAGGUCUUACUCCAAGUUGCUGCAACAAUACCUGUACGAUGACCACGCUGAAAAGGACAAUCUGUUUUGCCUCAGUUGCCAGGUGUUUACUGUGAUCAGUCUCGCGCGUCAUCUUCUGGAGCGGAACAACGUUCUCACUCGUAUGCUAUCGAGAUUAGAGGCUGCUUUCGAAGCCAACUCUUUAGUUCUUCCUGAUUUUUAUUCGAGCCCAGGCGAUGUGCACCAAGGCCACUGUACAACCAGCGAUGAGCAUGAUGAAACACUGUGCUCCUCUGGCUCUGACCCUUCGUGGUUCGCGUUUAUCAUAGACACCUUGCGACGCGCUAAUCCAUUUGAAUGGGGCUCUUCCAGUUGUCGGAGUUUUUUCGGCGAAAACCGCUCUGUUGAUACGACCUCAUCGGAUGAAGAUGCCGGAUCUAGUUUUCGAGCACCAGCAGAGCCUCGGGUGCUUCAUUGGCAAGCUGGAACUUUAUUGCACAGAACGCGAUUCCAUCCCUUUGAACGUUUGUUGGAGGUUGUGCGUGAUAUCUCUUACAUUUUGGGAAGCCUUACCAACGUGCGCCCUCUUUACGGUGACUCGUUAUACCCGAAAGGCUGGUGGAAUGCUGCUGGCCGCAGCUCCUUUUUGGACUACAUUCGUUCAUUAUUGCGCGUGCUAAGUUACAUACAAGAUAUGAGCGGCAUGCAACGCGAAACUCGUGGUCACGUUGCCGACGAUACGGAAUGGGCAAGUGGUAUAUACAUAGUAAAUCAUCUAGUCAGUCUACUCGGCCUGACAGCGCAGGUGGCCAGCUCGGAUUAUCAACUUUUCAAGGAUGUUCUUCGCGAAUCUCGACAAGCCUUCGAAUACCGAGUUGGGAUUAUGGAUCGCCGCUUUCGUGUUGCACCAUUGCCUUCCGUUGAAGACGACCGUGAGGGCAGAUCGCCUGGUGUUAACCAGUCUGCUUGCUCUAGAAACCUAUCUUUCCAGUCCUUGGGUGUUACGACUGAAGUUUACGCCUAUGAUGUGGCCACUUAUCGUGUCAGUCUGUUGCAGCCUUUGCCGCGCUUUUUGGCCAGUCUGUAUGGCCAUGGGGUUGAAAUGGGUAUUUCGUUUGAGGAACUUGGUUUGCAGGACAAGGCCUUUGCUAACCUGCUCAUCGAACGACCUUUGCAGAUUCUCGCUUUUUAUGCACAGUAUAACGCAAAAAUGUGGGUGCGCAAUGGAUAUUCGGUUCAGACGUCGGUCGCCAACAUGUUUGCUACGGGCUUGCGCGUGGAGCUUAUAGAGCGUGACUUUCAACUGCUGCAACUUGCCGCAGCUGUCAUGCCACCGGACGAAUUCAUUGUUCGUAUGAUACACAAAAUGCAACUGCAGAACUAUUUAGACCCCACCGCUACCAAUGAGCCGGCCAUUGGUCGUGUGCAAGCUGCUGAGUUCCUUCUGCGCACCAUCUUCACUCUUCUCACGGAUCGAUCGCGACCUGGCAUUGGUCAGUUUUCCACGGAUUAUCUACAGUUGCAAAGCCCACACCUACAACCUGACCGUUUUCUGCUUACGCCUGAUCUAGAACAACACUACGCCUCUUUGGUCGAUGCGGUUAUUCACACCCUUUGCCUAAAGGCGAUGUCGUGCAGCCAACUGAUGCAGCUGUUACCAUGUCAGCCCCUUGGUUGUCUUAUCAAAGUUCAAUCUGAUGAAUUAUCUACUUCGGUUACUUCCCCAUCGACCUUCCCCACUACUGUGCCGACAUCGGUAGAAGAUAUCCGACCUGCAUUGGUGUCCGGAAGGGCGAACAAGCGGGCUAUAGAACACGUGUUACCUCGCAUUUUGCGACAGGUCGCUACCGAAAGCACAGUGAACGGUCGUGUCGUCUUCGCUAUCAAACCAGAAGUUAUCGUUGGGCGUUUCUUACGCUUCCACUGGGGCUAUCGGCACACAGAACAAAACAUGGCUGAAUCCUAUGUGUCUAAGAUUUUGAGGCAGUGGUUACAGGAUGAUGCUCGACACACUGGUGAAUCUCCCUCAAUUGAUUGGUUACCCUUACCUCCACCUGUACCUCGUCCGGUUCGCAAAUUCACGCCAGCUGUAGCGUCUGGUCUCUUGGGGUUAAUUCGCUGUCCAACCUUCGUUCGUCUACUGCGCGCUUUGCUGGACGUUGCUUUGGAUCAUGGAACAAGCGCGAUUUGGUGGUCUGAUACUCUUCUCGACUUGGUGCUUCAUCUCAUUCAGGUCGCAUUGUACGAGGAUGAAUUGGAGCACAGGCUUUACCAAUUGCCUGAGUGUCUAAUGAAAUCGCUACACUGUCCCUGGAAUAACAGUGAACACCAUCCUAAGUGCUUAGUCGAUCUAGAGUGGCAUGAUUUUCAUCUCAAAUGUGUCUUUUCGUCGCAGCCUCCUCAUGUUACCACUGCUUUCUCACUUCAGACUCAUCCCAUGGAGGUGGAGGAGAAUUCGUUUUUUAUAACCGAAAGGGCCUCACCCACGGCUUCCCCAUCUGCUCUUGGCCCGGACCGCGUCAUCUCUAUGUUUUUACCUACUGAACCGCCUACUGAUAUCGGGGAAAUGGUUACAUGCAAUCUUUGUCUAGAAGAUGUCCCUGCAACACCACAGAGUCGCAUGGUCUUUACGGCUCAUGUUUGUCGCUCUUCGGUUAUAUCUUCCCGAGCUUCUAGUUGGUGUGAAGGUUCUCGCGCAAUAUCCAUGAUUAAACAGUUAUUGGAUCUCAGCCCGAAUAUGCAUGGUGUGCGUUCGGACGAUGAGCCGCCUCAGCCAUCAGAUGCAGCAACUGCAGAUUCUAUGCGUGAUUUUCAAUUGAAUGAGUUUUUGGCCGCGCUUUCUACUACUGCUGCGGCAUCAUCUCCAUCUUCCCUACAAACUGGCUUUUACCCCCUACCUGAAUUGUCGAAAUCAAACCAGAAUUUGAAAGAUGAGGCUGAAUCUACCGCUCACUGUCCAUAUCCGUUUUAUGGUAUGCUCGAGUGGCGAUGUCAGUUUGAAGAUUCAAGCCUUUCACACUUUGAAAAGCUCCUUACUGACGAAUUGGAAGGGUCGACCAAUCGCCCACUUGAUCCAUGGCGUCCACGCCCACUUGUUGCCAGCCGAGCGCCCGUCGCCGAAGAGGGCUCCUUUGUACUGUGUUGUUCUCAUCCAAUGCAUGCUGCGUGCAAAGUCAAGUUUGCCCGACAACUCAAAGCACGCGUUGACCAUCUGAACAGACACCGGGACACGAACUUGUUCGUUUUCGAAUUCCGUUGUCCAUCGUGUAAAUCGAUUUCUAAUUUGGAUUUACCCGUCCUCGGCUCGUUUGCAACCUCCACUCCUUGGCAGUGGUUGAGAGCGCGUUUGUUGUCAGCACAGCCAGGCUCUUCCGGGCCCCGUGCUCGUUUUCAGCCGCUUGUCUCGUGGCUCGAUCGUCUGCAACAGUGGCUACGCCUACCCAUAGCAGAAGGCAUAGGCUGUCCUCUUGAUACCUCAGAGCCAAAGGAUUCACUGAAUCAAUUUUACAAGGGACUUGAUGAUGCUGCGAAGAACGAAGAAGGUUUAUCGGGAAAUCCUCUUCUACUGUCUGUGCUUACGCGUCUUUUUGACAUUCUAUCUGUGCAGCAAGAUCAGACGUCGAUUCCUGUCAAUCGCGCAGCUGCCAUUUCUGACGCUUCUGGUAUGAACACUGAGGUCUCACGACCAUGGAAUCGUGCGUCGCGCCGAUAUUAUUGGCGAACUCGUCUUUCUGCUCGCAGGCGGCCCGAUGUAGAGCCGAAUUCAAAUCGCUUUUCUUCCAGUUACGAGCCUUCGGUUUCUCGUCAGCGGAAUGCAUUGGACCACUUACUACCGAAGCCUCCGGAGCCUCCAGCGGUGUCUACCAGUUUGUUUGUAAUGGUUCAACAGUUAUCUGCGCUAUGUCAACCCCGACCACUUGAAUCCCUCUUACAUCGUCCACUUCGUCGAACUGCCAACGAUUACCUGGCUUCAGUUGGCACCGAAACCGUGCCCGUGCCAGAGGUAGCAGUAGACAUCGAAGAAGAAGAGGACUAUGAAACCGCUUUCACCAUCGGAAUCGGCCAGGAUGUGCACAUGGAGAUCGGCCUGCAUGCGACUGCCCUCAUGGACUCAGAGCCAGCGCCGAUUUCAUUAUCCCGCUCAGAUCGAACCACGAGCACAUCUCAGCGAACAUCCGGGCAGUCCAGAAAUGAAUCUGAACUGUUUCCUCUUCCACUACAUCGUGCCAUCGAUCGUUUCUAUUUAAGCCUUCAAAACUUUUGUGAACGUCUGUGCGUUCUGGACCUGUUAGGAUCUUCCGCUCAGAGUUCAACUGCCGGCGGCUCUUCUCGAGGAAUCGCGGAUUCCGCUGUUCAAGAUAAAAGCAGUAAAGACGAACUUUACGAACUGACUAGAUUAGCACUGAGCUCCGUCUAUCAACACGGAAGGGACGCGGUUUUGUCCGCAGCCCAUGAAUGGCGCGCUUUACGACAUACAGUGGCUUAUACAUUGAUCUCCUCCGAACGAGCUAUGCGUCAUGAUGAUCCACGAGAACAUUUUCUUAACGGUGGCUUAGCUGAACGCCAUCUUCGUAGUAUGGGCACCUUACUUCGCGUUUCCUUGGCCGCACAUGCUCGUCACGCAGUGGUGUCUCCCGGUUGCCCUUCUGCAUGCACCAGCUAUCGUCCUCUAAAGACCAGCAUUGGUGAAAUGUAUCCGAAUCACAAUUUCUGUUGGCCUCAAUUACGUGAUCAUUCAAUGCAGUGGUGGUGGUGGAGCUAUUGUGCCCCUCUGCCAAAGGGAUCCCCUGAAGCUGCUUGCCGAUCGGAGCGUCCAAUGAACCUUAACAACGUGGCCGAACAUGCUGUCCGAGUUGCAGCAACUGAAGACGCCCGCUAUCUUUGGGGCUUACUCGUUCCGCACUUCACUUUGGAGGAUACUCAUACGGAAAUCCCUCUAUCUCUGGAUGUUAUGCUAGAUUCUAUUGUAAAACGUUCACUUAGUGGAUAUUCGCAUGGUACCCUUUCACUCAGUCUUUUAUGGGAGGUUGAUAUCACCUUCUUGUUCAUCAGUCUGUUGCAUUUGCGACCCGGUUUGGAAGAAGACGGAUUGGUCGAGUGUCAAUGCCAACGAGACUCAAUCACCUCCCACUCCGGCACAAACUCGGAAACCGUUGCAUCCGAUCUCAGUCCCAGCUUAUUGUCCUGUGAUCACGGUCGACCUCGGGAACCGAUUGGUGACUCGCAUGAGGCACAUUUGUUGCGAUUGUGCUACACUGCAUUGUUGACUCAGUCAAUUUUAUCAUGGACACCUGGCUGCCGUUCUUCCGCCUGCUCCGAGCUGUGUGCAUCACUCGCUGUUGGCACAUCCACUGACGGCUGGUCCUCACCCCAACUUAUUCAAGUGUGGCGGCGCCUGCGGAUUUUGUCUGAGUUAUCCGACACGAUGCCGGCCACGUGUGACGAUAUCGAAGUGUUAGCACACGAGCUUGGUGUGCAUUUGCGUGCCAACUGUUUGCCGUUCUUACGUAUUGCAGCAUACGUGAUGAAUCAGAUCACCGGAGUGGACGUUCCCGAGGGUAUGCGAUCCGUCCGCGGUAAAGAUGAAGCUGCUACCACAGAUCUCUCGAUGGAGUACUCUUUGCUGCUGUCAUACCUGGGCUUGCCUUCGGGACCUUCUGACUUGUUCGUCAUCCUACCCGAAAAACAAGAAGAACACGUUUCCUCACACUCAAUUCUACAUAUGUGGAGCCAGCAGGCAGUGGCGUCCUCGUCUGAGUCCCUUUGGAUCGCUCGUUUGAUCACCAGCUGGUGCUUGAUUGGCCGUGGAGCACCGUCUCGUCAACUGUACAAUCAACUAUGCACCCGAAUUGUCGCUCCCUCUUUCUCAAAUCUGGUCACCCAUUUCAUGACAACCCAUAGCACCGCAUUGCUUCCUAGUCCGAACUUACGCCUACCCAAACUAGUACCCCUACCAAGAGAGUAUACCACUCUAUUGUCUCUGACUACCAACUAUCACUGUCUUGGUGGACAUGUGCAUAGUGACCCCAGCGUUUGUCUGAUAUGUGGUCAUCUCGCGUGCUUGGUCUGCUACGCCUGCCGCCAAGUGGAACCGGGCGACACCAACGCUCCGCUCAGCAGCACCUCUCGGCGCGAACCCGUUGUCUACGACAUGCAGGCUCACUCCCGUCGCUGUCACUCUGGUUACAGCUUGGUCCUGCAGUUGCACGCCUGUCGUGUGUUUCUGCUUUCGGAUGACGCACGACGCUUUUCCGAACUAUCUGUUCCCUAUCGUGACGUUUAUGGUGAGAUGGACGUUGGCCUCCUUCGUGGAAAUCCUCUGUUCCUAGUCGAUUCGGAAUACAAACGGCUAAACCGUCUAUGGUUAAACCAUCAGUCUGCCUCCAGCACAUCGAUUGAUUUGCUUACCCCACCCAAUUUGGAACUGGGCUUACUCUAGCCCUUUGGCGACACAAACAAUCCCAAGACCUUCGGUGGAAUCUUGUCCAUCCGAGCUCUGGACUAUGAUGGCAUGCUAUUUUUCCAUGUCACUUACCUGUACCUGUUGCAUCCGACUCAUCAGUCCUACAGAUCCUUGCUUCGUCGCAUAUCUUUAUCUCGAUUUCAACCCCUGUGAUCCGCUUUCCCAUUACUUCCUCCGUACACAUCGAACUGUUGCCCAUUUUGAACUGUCUAUCACUUCAUUUACAUAUCGUGUUUUUCUUAACUCUCCAUUCUCUCCCUCCGUCUUUCUUCAUUCUUUUUGCUCCUUCCACUUUUCGUCCCCUCCGUUUGGCUCUGUUUGCUAGAGCUAACUUUGAAUUAUGUGUCAAUACUUGUGAAUGCGUCAUGCAUACACAUACAACCGACGGCACGACCGUUUCUUGUCUGUUUCGUCAAUUUUCGCGUCUUUGCUCAUCUGUUCCCAGUUUGUUCUCUGAUGAUCAAACGAAUGCUAACCGUAAUUCGAUCCUUAGAUUGUGUUGUGGUCUAACCGUUGGUGAACAUUCGUCUCUGCCUUCUGACACCAACACUUAACCAUGUCACAAUAGUUGUCAGCCUCGCCAACGUUUAGACUGCUAUCUUUUCUACUGGGUCACCGAGCCUUGGGAAUGCAUGUUGUGACUGAAAUAUCCUCUUCUCGUUUAUGUCCGUCUACAAUUUUGAUUUACUCUUGGUCGUUUUUCUGCAAACUAGCUAAGUCCGAUUCAUGUAAUUUUUUGACUUGCUUUUCAUCCAUCACCUUUCGCAGUAUCCUUAUCCUUCGCCUUAAUCCCUAUUCUCCGAAAAUUUUGAGCUUUGGACAGAUGGGCGCAUUUUAUCAUGCAAUCACUCCCAACGGCCACCACUGUUGAAACCCGCCAACCUUUCUGCACUUCUGGCAAUCCCAUAUUCAACAGUCUACUCGUCUGCCUCAUUUUUCACUUACUGUGGCAUUAUUUCCACACAAACCUUUUUGUGUCUAUCCAACAUUGUGAUUACGUUUCCUUCUGCAUACAUUUGUUGGCGUUCUUCAAACCAACUCCUUGUUGCUGGUUCCCAUUCAGUGCAGUCCAUUCUUGACUCCAGUUUUCUCUGGAUUUACACGUGCUGCAAUUUCCUUUGAUCAUUAAGUACAGCCUAUCACACUCGUUGCGUUUUACUGUGCAAGUCUUACACUCCUGUCUAUUCUCAUUUCACUUAUGAACAUUGGCGUCCCG